UUAUAUUAUGUAUUCAGGCCGCCAUAUCUUCUGUGGCAUGUGAAAGUCUAUAGUUUGUUAUUUCUGUGCAAAUUAUCGCAGAGCGCCAGGUGCUUAUGCACAUGGUGAUUUAAGGCAUCAUUACUUUUUUUGAAUGUAUGUAAUUCAAAGCAAACAUUAUAUUUAUAUUCGUAUGUCUAACUUUGUCUAUGCGAGAACUGCAUAGCACAAGAUUUCUAUAACGAAUCCACUGUCGAGGGCGUUUUUAACUUUGCCAAGAUGGACGAUCAACAAAGACUGACGCAUCCAUCACAGGCCCAGGUUAUGUCGAACGUUAUGCCUCAAGCUUAUGAUGGUUCUUAUGGACAAGGAGAUCAUAGUGAUCAAAGAAAGCAAGAAAUUGGCGAUGUUUUGCAGCAAAUCAUGACAAUAACUGAUCAAAGCUUGGACGAAGCCCAAGCAAGAAAACAUACGCUCAAUUGUCAUAGAAUGAAGCCAGCACUAUUCAAUGUUUUAUGUGAAAUAAAAGAAAAGACAGUGUUAAGUAUACGCAAUACUCAGGAAGAAGAACCACCAGAUCCUCAGCUCAUGAGACUUGACAAUAUGCUUAUUGCUGAAGGUGUAGCUGGUCCUGAAAAGGGAGGUGGAUCUACUGCAGCUGCUAGUGCUACAGCAGCAGCUUCUGGGGGUCAGCCAGACAGUGCCAUAGAACAUUCUGAUUAUCGAGCAAAACUUGCUCAAAUUAGACAAAUUUACCAUACAGAGCUUGAAAAAUAUGAACAAGCCUGUAAUGAAUUUACGACACAUGUGGUAAACCUUUUGCGAGAGCAAAGUCGAACACGACCAAUUCAACCAAAAGAAAUAGAAAGAAUGGUUGGGAUUAUCAGGAAAAAAUUUUCUGCUAUAGAAAUGCAGUUGAAACAAAGUACAUGUGAAGCUGUUAUGAUUUUGCGGUCACGGUUUUUAGAUGCUAGACGCAAGAGAAGGAAUUUCAGCAAACAGGCUUCUGAGAUCUUGAAUGAGUAUUUUUACUCUCAUCUAUCUAACCCUUAUCCUAGCGAAGAAGCUAAGGAAGAAUUGGCCAGGAAGUGUGGCAUCAAUGUUUCACAGGUAUCAAACUGGUUUGGCAAUAAACGAAUCAGAUACAAAAAAAAUAUUGGUAAAGCACAAGAGGAAGCUAACUUGUAUGCAGCUAAAGCAGCUUCUGCAGCUUCAUCACAAAUGGUUACAGACCCUUCUUCUCCUACAGGAUCAAGUAAUUAUAGCCUUCCUUCUUCACAAUCUCAAAUGGCAGGACAAGGUGGGAUGUACAUGAACCUAAAUGGGGGAGACAGUUAUCCUGGAGGUGAAAAUUCUUGGGGACUUGAAGACUCAGAGUGAUUUCUAAAUAGAAUGAGAUGCAGCAUAUACAUGACGGAACUUCAUUAAUACUGCACUGUUAUUUUUUUAAAUUUAUAUUUGUUUUUAAUAAUCAGUAACCACAAUUCCUUAGAAAUCUAUUUAGUCUUUAAACAGUGAAAAUUGUCCAUUAAAUAUGCAGUUUGAGAUAAUCAAUUGAAGUCCAAAUUACAAUACCUUAAUUCAAUUUUUUCUAAAAUGUUUAUAGCUUACGUAAAGUAAUUGAUAUUUUUUUUUACUAAGUAAACUUCAAAUACAUUUGUUUUUCAUGGUUGCUUGAUCUGGGCUAAGUUAAAUUUUGUCUAUAAAUGGGUUAAAUUCAAAAUAUUUUUGAAAAUCCAUUAUAAGAAAAUUAAUGUAGAUCUGAGUACUUUUUUUUUUGUUACAUUAGUCCAUAUUAUCAUAUUGUCAUUUAUCUGUUCUGUAUGAUAUUCUUUGAUUGAGUUUACUGUGGGUGUAUUCUAAUGUAUAUAAGAUACAAAUAGCACUGAAAAACAAUCAAGAAAAUACUCAUCUUGUACUGUGUGUUUUUGAGAUCUCCUGAUUUUGUCAUCUGUAUCUAUCCUAAAUAUUAAAGUCAGAACUUGUAUUUAAAACAAAUUUUUAUUUUUUACAACAAUUUUUUAAAGGAUGAAUGCUAGCUCAGGGUUACUAGUAAGAAUCCUAGAGUCCCCUAUUAUUUUAAAAGGUGGUUUAUUAAAUAUAUAUAUAAGUCUAUAUACCAUUUUCUAUCAUUUACAUUUUUGAAUUCGGUUGUGGCUUUUAAGUUUAAAUGUCUUUUGUAUUUUUAAACAUUUAAAGGUUUUCCUAGCCCUAGUAAUUUUGAAAUGUGCUUCUGACGCCCUUAGAACAAACUGCAUACAACAUUUUAUAUACACUUCUAUCUUAGAUCAAUUUGUACAAGUAUGGUAAAAGCUUUAAACAUGUUUCUUGUGCAUAUGAACUUUCAUUCAAUUAUGUUACAAUUUAACAUAACUUUCAAUGAUAUAAUUACUAGUUUUAAAUUUAAAUGUUUAGAAAUGACAAAACUACUAAAUUUGAUGUAAAAUAAUGAGUUAAGUCAGAGAAAUUUAGUUGCUGUGUCAUAUUGCCAAACAUUUUUCAAUUCUGCACCCACAGGUAAAGAUUGUCAGAAAUAGUAUAUUGUCAUUUUACCAAAGACAUUAAUGAUUAUUGUAAUAAAAGAAAUUAAGUAA